AUGGCUCCGUCAACUUCGUCAGCCUCAUGGCUGUCAUCCGUCCUGGCUUUCUGCGCCAUCCUGUGCCUGUCGGUACCCGUCAACGCCCUCUACUUCUAUAUGGACGGGCGUCAGACCAAGUGUUUCUUUGAGGAACUCCCCAAGGACACCCUGGUGGUUGGAAGCUUCUCCACCGAAGUCAUCAACCAGCAAUCGAACACGUAUUCCGUUGACCCCAACCUGAAGGUGCUCAUCACCGUCGACGAGAUCUUCGACAAUGACCACCGGGUCGUGUCCAAGCGCGACGGCAACUCCGGCCGCUUCACCUUCACCGCCGCCGACUCCGGCCUGCACAAAAUCUGCCUGACGCCCGAGACCAACGCUGCCACCGGCGGCUGGAUGUCCGGGGGCCCUGGCGGUGCCGUACGCCUGUCGCUGGACAUGGCCAUCGGAGAGACCAGCAAGAUCGAGACCGAGGACAAGGGCAAGAUGCAGGACAUUGUGCAGAAGGUCAAGGACCUGAACAGUCGGUUGCAGGACAUUCGUCGCGAGCAGGUCUUCCAGCGGGAACGUGAAGCCGAAUUCCGUGACCAGUCUGAGGCUACCAACGGGCGUGUCGUUCGCUGGACCCUGAUCCAGCUCGCCGUGCUGUCGGCUGCCUGCGCCUGGCAGCUGUCUCAUCUCCGCUCGUUCUUCAUCAAGCAGAAGCUGACAUAA